CCAUUGGGCAACAUCGAGGGACGCGAUCGACGUCGGAAGGGUGGCCAGUGUAGGCCUACGUGUUGCACUAUGGCUGAUGUGAACGAUUCUACUUUAUUGUUCUUUAUGAGAGCUACAUCGGCGCAGUGGGAUUAUGCGCUAUCUCUUUACAAUGAUGUUUUAAACUUGAAAGCUGCCAAGAGAACGAAGAAAAAAGGACCAGAGGAAUUUAUCAACUUAGAUACUUGGUAUCAUGAACAGCUUCCAAAGAUCAUACAUGCAAGAAGGGAUCCUCACAUCACUCAUGAAGAGUUGGUACAGAUAACGAAGUGGAAACUGAUUAGAGGAAAAUUUCGUCCUCGCUUAAUGGACCUUGUUAGGAUCAACACAGAAGCAGCAGUCAAACAGACCAGUAAAAAAGCCUUUCGAAAACUUCCUAACAUCUCCAAUGCUAUUACAGCUCUUACCACAUUGAAGGGAGUUGGUCCAGCCACAGCCUCAGCCAUUUUGGCAGCAGGAUACCCUGAUCAAGUUGCAUUCAUGGCUGAUGAAAGUAUGUUAUCAACACCAGGUGUUGAAGCAGUUGACUAUACUUUAGCAGAGUAUUUGAAUUAUCAUGAGCAGAUCAAGAAGUGCUGUGAUCAACUUAACAAGAAAAAUUCAGAAGGAAAAUGGACUCCCCACAAGGUGGAGCUUACCCUGUGGACCCACUACUUGGCACGGGAGCUGAAGCCUUCUUUGUUGGAAGGAAUGCCCAAAGAAGUAGUAGAUGAUAACUCUGCCACCCCAAAUGGUAAAUCCAAUAGCCACCAGGAUAAUGAACCAGUUGAUGACCAAACAUCAGCUGUUAUCGACAAAGAACAGGAUAACAAUUCUGAGGAACCCGGUGAGGAGAGCCGUGAUUCCAAGAUCUCAUCUACUAACACUUUUGGUACUGGUCCAGAAAAAUCAGAGGAUUCAAACCUUGACAAUUCUACUUUUAGUGAUGGAGUUGAAGAAAACACCAAAAACACUUGUCCACCUGAAGAACCAGCUGUCAAAAAAGUGCGGGUCCAAUAGUAGUUAAUCUGUUUAUACACCUGACUUUCCUGUAAUCAGUUGUAGCAAUUUACUUGAAUUAUCACAUUGGUGGAAGAUUCAUAUAAAAAGGAGCAAAAUAA